AUGAAAAACCCUUUGUUUUUGGGGCUGCUUUCAGGGGUAACCCCCUUGAAUACAUUUGCUUGUGGCCCACUAGACUACAAGAAUCUUUACUCACCACGUGACUCCUUCGUCCAAGGGUACAAGCAGUCAAACCACCACCCUCUUCAAAGUGCAAACACACAUUCAUUUUCACCAGAUUUGUUUUCUGCAUUGCUCGGAUUUGAAACUGCUCGCUUUCUGGCCUCAGUGCCACGGGAAACAAGAGGUUUUGUCAUUUCAUCGCAGUUAGAAGACGGCGAGGGUCAGUGUGACGCGCCUGUGCAUCCUCAGACAUCGCCUACCUUGGGGUGUUCUUCAGCUCGUUCGAGCCAGCAUGACCCCAGAUCACAACCUUCAUCCGAACCGGAUAACGGUGACUGUGAUGUAUGCACUCAAACACAGUUACUGUUGGCGACAAUGCACUUGUGGCAAAUGGCACUCAAUUUGACAGCUGCAGAUCCAACAAAUCAGUUUUAUUUCCCACCUCGUGUGUCAUCGAUGCUACCCUUCCCAGAUCAACAAACUGGCUACUAUGGAGAAGAUCCGGUGAGUGAGUACAGGAUACCACUGAUAGCUGGAAAUUUAUCAGACGUUGCUGCCGGAGAACAGAAGGGGCUAGACAGAGGGGAAAGCAUUGCUACGUACAGUUAUCCUGACCAGGUCACCUUCCACUCAGACACGCAACAAAGGACAUCGAUUCAUCCAUUAAUCGGGCAGUAUCACCGGACACACAAGCGUCGGCAGUGUGGUCAGUUAAAUAGAAACCCACCCGAAGAAUCUCAAACCUCGUCAGCUUUAAUAGUGGAAGGAAACAAAGUGGACGCUUCAGAUCAAGCAAGCGUCGACAAACGGACACCUACAUCGACGCAGUCCGUAACAUCACGCACCUCAGCCGCCAGCGACCCUCCUAUGUUAUGGUCCAACUUGGUACGCCUACUAACUGCCCCAUCACUGACGUUUCCAUGA